UUGAAAUUAAACAUAUUUGACAUGGCUCCGAAGUCGACUCAUCAACUAUGUAAACAUUGAUUUGGAAAGAACAUCCUCCGACCAAAAGUGCAGCUUAUGAGAUGAACCCAAAGAAGAUGGAAGUUGAUUGAUUAGUGGAAGUUAGAAUACUGAUAAGUGACAACUAAGCAACCAGGGGACUUGUUUGGCAAAGCCUGCAGGCAACGGAAACAAAGACUUGUAGUUUUGGAGUUGUCCAAAUGUGAAAGGUAACUUUGAGUGUACACUAAAAGAACCAUCCAACCCUUCUAUUAUAGGUACAAGACUUCCACUUGUUUCACACACAGACAUGGCUUCACACGCUUGUACCAUCCGGAACCUCACCUUACUCUUGAUCAUCUGCCUCCCCUUAUCCACCUCCAUUGAUUUCAAUUAUCCUGCAGUUUUCAAUUUCGGGGACUCUAAUUCCGACACAGGAGGCCUGGUUGCUGGCCUUGCCGAAGCCCUCGACCCACCUAAUGGGCAGAUAUACUUCCAGAAACCAUCAGGGAGGUUCUGUGAUGGCCGUCUAAUCAUUGAUUUUCUAAUGGAUGCAAUGGACUUACCGUUUCUGAACCCAUAUUUGGAUUCAAUAGCCGCACCAAGUUUUAGACGAGGAUGCAACUUCGCAGCUGCAGGUUCUACCAUACUUCCAGCCACUGCAUCAUCUGUUAGCCCAUUUUCAUUCGGGAUUCAAGUGGCUCAGUUCUUCAGAUUCAAGGCAAAAGUUGAGGAUAUUCUGGCUAAAACAAGGAAGUAUGACAAGUACAUCCCAGCUCAAGAUUAUUUUCAGAAGGCGCUUUACAUGUUUGACAUAGGCCAGAAUGAUCUUGCUGGUGCCUUUUAUUCUAAGACUUUGGAUCAAAUUCUUGCCUCAAUUCCUACAAUUCUCUUAGAAUUUGAACAUGGUAUUGAGAGCUUAUACGACCAAGGGGCAAGAAAUUUUUGGAUUCACAAUACAGGUCCGCUAGGAUGCUUACCUCAAAACAUUGCUAAAUUUGGAACUGAUUCCUUGAAGCUAGACGAGCUUGGAUGUGUCAGCUCUCACAAUCAAGCUUCUAGACUUCUCAACUUGCAACUGCGUGCACUUUGCAAAAAGUUGCAAGGCCAAUAUCCAGAUGCAAAUAUCACACACGUUGACAUUUUCACAAUCAAGUCCAACCUCAUAGCUAACUAUUCUCGAUAUGGAUUUGAGCAGCCAUUGAUGGCCUGCUGUGGUUACGGAGGUCCGCCACUGAAUUAUGACAGUGGGAUUGCCUGUGGUCAAACGAAAGUUCUGAAUGGAAGUUCAGUCACAGCCAAAGGUUGCAAUGACAGCACGGAGUAUGUGAAUUGGGAUGGAAUUCAUUACACUGAGGCUGCAAAUCAGUAUGUUGCAUCACAGGUUUUCACAGGAAAAUAUUCUGAUCCACCAUUUGCAGACAAGAUGCCUUUUCUUCUAAAGCUAAAAUUCUAAAGAGGCUUAUCAUUCUCUCUAGCUUCUAAUAUUUGUUAAAUACGAAAUAUAAUAUUGGACAAAUGAAUUUAAUCA